AUGACCACCACCCUCAACAUCAAUGAAGAACAGGAUCUGCAAGAAGCUUGGCCACAGGUCGUUGCAGAGUUCGAGAAAGUCACUGGAAAGAAACUCGAUCCAAACGCCAACUUUGAUGCCAUCUCUCAGCAAAUCGAUCUAGACAUCCGGAAGAGCCAGUCCAGAAAUGGUACGCGAGCUCGGAAGAUCAUCGCUGAUGUUGGCAGAUGUCUCCAGCAAUUCGGUGAUAUUGUGGCACAGGCAACGAGUGUUGUGUUUGGGCCAUCCACACAAUGUUGGAAUGCUAUUAGCUUUGUUAUAACCGCUGCCCAAUCAUAUCGGGGGGUCUUUGAGGGCUUUGAAGCCUUGAUGGAAUAUUCCCUGGCUUUUCUAAAAAGACUGAACUUCUUUCUCAACCAACACAAAACAGGACCGUAUCUGGAUCCUCACCUUCGCGGUCCCGCAUACGCCAUCUUGAGACACUUCUUAGAGCUUCUCAAAUCUUCUCAUGUUCUAGCCACGCGGAAGCGCGAGAAGUUCAAGCUUGUGUUGAACAUAGUCUUGUUCAAUGACGAUGCGGGUGUCAGUGAAUCUUUACGCCAGAUGGAAGCUCUGGUGCUGACCUUCWCCAAUUCCGAGAUAGACCAAAUCUUGGUCGAUGUCAAGGGACUGGCGAGAUAUAUGCGUGAGUCCGCGGAGGAGACUCAGCGCCGGCAUGGCGAACUCAAAGAAUAUUUUGAACGCACCGAGGGACUCCUGGAGCACAGCGCUGAGGGCAUUCAGAAUCUUGGCAAACGUCUGGACUCGCGAUUCUCAAAGGAUCAACUGAAAGCAUUCCUCAAGAAGAUACGUGAUGCACUCCAAUUGGAAGAAACCUCAGAGUCGUGGUCGAAGCGUCAGUACACAAUCUGUGGGAACAGGACUGAAGGCACCGCGCUCUGGCUUCUCCAGCAAGAUCUUGCCUAUCGGAGCUGGGCUGAUACUCUCAGUGUGCACUCUAAUAAAGUCAUGGUCGUGCGUGGGGAGAGCGGUUUUGGCAAGUCUUAUCUCUUCAGUCAAGUUAUAACUAAUCUCGAGGAGCGAUAUCCUCGCAACAAGACUCAGGAUCGGACCUAUGUGCUUUAUUACUACUUUGGUGAGGCCGAGAAGGAGGACAGUCUUCGCAGAUGUCUUGGCGCCAUGAUCUAUCAGCUUGCCUCCCUUGAUGAGACUGGCAAAUUUGCGACUGCUAUUGUGGAGGCGUGUGAGCAGUCUGCCAAGAUUGCAACGGCUUCCAGUCUGUGGGACCUUUUCCUCGCCACGCUUCAAAGCACGAUUCAGCAAGGAAGAUGCUUCUUGUGUAUUGAUGGAUUCGCUACUGGAGAGGAUCGCGUUCCCUCCGACAUCCUCGCAAGCAUGGCACGGGAGGCUUCCCUGCCACAGUCGGAGUCCAAAGGAUGCUCUCUGCGUAUACUCGUUACAGGGACCUCGAGCGAUAUUUCUAGCAUCCCAUUCGACGACGAGAGCCUGGUCAAUCAUUACUCUCUUGGUCCGGACCCUUCGAGCGAUGCUGACUCCGACUCUAGUGCUGGAGGUGUCCCUGAACCCUUCGCCAAUCAAGGAGACCUUAUGGUUGUCGCACAAGCUCGAGUACAAGAGCUUCGAAACCUGAAGCCCGAGAUUGGUAAUAUGCUCACGGAGGGUGAUAUUCAAGCCAUCGUCACGGGUGUCAAGGGACACUAUGAGAAUCUGGAAUCUAAGCUCAAACAAAUCGGUGCAUGCAGCUGCUACGAAGAUGUACAACAAGUCAUCGCCAGAGCUGGAGAAGGAUUCAGAUCCACUACGCAGAACACCAUAAAGUCACUUAACAAGACUUUAAACCCAGAAGCCAUUGCCCAGCUUAAUGAGCUUCUCCGCUGGAUGAAAGGUUGUCGAACUUGGACGAAAUUAGAUCUAUUGCAAAGUGCACUGGUAUUCACGCUCGGCAAAACCUUGUUCUUGAGAACAAUGAUACGAACAAGAUUCUCCACCCUACUUACACUAGACGCCCAGGAUGUGGUAACUGGACCGGAUGGACUUCGCGACAUUUUGUCGUCUGCGGACUUGGCCGAAUCUGAUGCCAUUUCAAUCGAUCGCACAGCGGUCCUCGCCGAGGCGGAAGUGGAACUCUGUCGCCGCUUCAUCCGCAAUGCUUGCGGCUCUUACGAUUUCGAGCGCUUCCGAUUUGACGACUUCUUCAAUGGGCAUAUCGGUCGGCAGGUGUCCAAGAUACGUCUCGRCAGUGAGGAGGUGCUUGAACUUACAAUCCUCCAAACCUGCGUAAGGUCUUUAGCGGAGAGACAGGAUGACAAGAGAUUCUAUGCUCUGCGAAGAUAUGCUGCAGUGUGGUUCUAUGAGCAUCUUGUGACAGUUCUAAACAAUAUGGAGACUUUCGAUUAUGAGAAGAACGUGCUACGAGAGAUUGGCACGUCAUUCGCGAGUCUGCUGUAUGAGAACGUGGCCAUCGAUGCAUGGUGGAGCGACGACGACUUGGCAACGCUCAGAGGUGAUUGGCUGCUCGGGGAUGAAAAAUUUCAUGAAACUCUGUGGAAGUUUGUUCGCCAUCGCAGUGUUGCACAAGGAUACGCGGGCGAGGAUGAGGCAGAGGCUUGGUUGAGAGACAAGGCUGUGAGCGAAAGCAAUGCGUAUUCACUACUGCUUAGAGUUGCCAGCAGACUCGCAGGUCGGUGGUUCGGACGUAAUCUGGCCAAUGAUGACAACUUCGCGAUUGCAUUUGCAAUUGUAGCGAGAGCUAAUGGCAGAAGCCAUGAUGGUGUAUCACUGCCUUCGAUCGAAGAGAUAGACUUAUUCAUCAAGUGGGCCCAGGAGAAUGCCGAUCUCGACAUCAGUCCGACGCAGUGGACAUUCCGACGCGGAGCUACAUACAUCCGAUCUGGGUUCACGGAAGAGGGCAUCGCUGCCAUACUGCAGGCGGAGCGUGAUGGUUAUUCCGACUGGGCUCUCCCUUUGAAGCUUGCUGAGGUGUACUGCGAACGUAAAGACUAUGCAGCUGCUCUCGACUAUUGUCGCAAAUUCAAUGCGCUGAAAGACGAAUGUGGCCACAAUGACGAAGCAUACGACGAUGGCAGUCGCGAGUCAUACGACGAAGCGUACCACGGUCGAUUGCUUCUGCGAGAGGGCGAAUGUCACAAGAAUCUCAAGCGCUCUCAGCCUGCUGUUGAUUGCUACAUGGCCGUACUACGACAUGAAGACAUCUAUGGCGAUGCUCAUCAGGAAGCUCUCUGUAGCAUGUUUGAGGUGUGGUACGAGGAGAAGGACUAUGCUUCUGUGAUGGGCCUUCUCAGGAGCUGGAGAGACGACAGCGAGCCAGGCUUGUACCAUUGGAUUAUGAAGAUUCUAUUGCUGGACAGCGUCCACCUCUGCCUUUUGGAGGCAGCACGAUCUACCGCAAGCCAUCAAGAGGUCAUUGAAGCCUACAGAAUGGCACUCCAAAUGUCUUCAGUACAAAGCGACACAAACGUUGACGUUACGAAGCAAGUAGCGAAUCAACUACGCUACGUCCUUGGAGUCAUGCUCUUUUAUGGAUCAACAUCUGACACAGAUCAUUACGAAGCAUUGGAAAUCUGGGAGGACUUGAUAGUGAACCAGAACGACGCGAUGAAUUCCUGGUCAGUCUCGUACGAUUCCGCCCGAAAACUAUUCCGAUCGCUGUUCGAAAUGGCUACUCAAACGCAAAUGGGACCUGAGUGCAAGCAUACUGCUCGUCUCGCCAGACUGGCGGCCAUGGAACAUGAUCACAUUCGAGUCUUUCGACAAUGUGGAAAGGACCCUCGUCUGUCACUUGCUCGUAUACAAUAUAUUCAGGGUCGCAAAGAAGAAGCCUAUCUCACACUGCGUGAGAGACUGCGCAAUGCAUUUGACGGAUGGUCGGGCAAGGAUGACGAUGAUGAGGACAAGAUCCGCGGGCGUUAUGCUUGUGUCGCUCCGUCGUUGACGGUGGUUGGCGAUGACAUCAAUGCAAUCGCUGCCUGGCAGGCCACGAAGCCGAAAGUAAAUGAUAGAUCGAGUAUCCAGGCAGCUACUGACGACCUCUCGAGCGAACAAGCGAUUGCAGGAGCAGAUGACGACCGUUUAGUGUCGGAUAGGCCACUCGACCAUUCUACACAAAGUUCCACCAUCGAGACUGUUCCUGUGGAGGCGACAAUCGUCAAUAACCACGAUCAAGAAACGCAGAGCAACAAACGAGAGCCAUACCUCGACGGUUUCUACUGCGAUGGAGGUUGCGGAGACGAAUUCGACGUGAGCUCCAAUUCAUACGUCUGCAGGAACUGCCUCGACGUUCAACUUUGUUCAAAGUGCCACACAAAGUUAAAAGAUGGACAGCUCCCGCCUACAGUUUGCGACAGUUCGCACGACUUUCUCCACGUCCCAACCGUCAAUCAGGAUCUGUGGGAAAGGAUGGAUGCCGACCAGAUGAUUUUAGGCGACGAAUUGGUAUCACGGGAUACGUGGAUUGAUGGGUUGCGCGAGAAGUGGAAUCUCCAGCAGGAGCAGAUUGAUAUUGAGAAGCUGGAGGCUGGGAGGAAGUUGAAGGCUGCAAGGUGUAUUGCUACUUUUAUUGUGGAUUGGAAGAGAGGGCAGAGGAAGAAGGUUGCGAUGCUUUCUAAGGUUUUGUGA